GGCGGUUUUGGCUCGAGAGCUCCAGUAUGUCUAAGCGGCGCUCGUCAGAGAGGGGGGCUGGUGAGACAUCAGGCAGGGCCAGCAAGCUGCAGUGUCCUGGGAUAUCUGGUAGUAAUGCCAAAAGAGCUGGGCCUUUCAUCCUUGGGCCUCGCCUGGGCAACUCACCAGUGCCGAGCAUAGUGCAGUGUCUGGCCAGAAAAGACGGCACCGAUGAUUUCUAUCAGCUCAAAAUCUUGACGCUGGAGGAACGAGUAGACUCUGCCAAGGAGACUCAGGAGGAGAGGCAGGGGAAGAUGCUGUUGCACACAGAAUACUCACUCCUUUCCCUGUUGCACAACCAAGAUGGUGUGGUCCACCACCAUGGCCUUUCUCAGGAUCGAGCCUAUGAAAUAGUAGAAGACACGGAUCUACAAAUGCGUAAGAUGAAGAAGCGACUCUGCCUCGUGCUGGACUGCUUGUGUGCACAUGACUUCAGUGACAAGACAGCAGAUCUAAUAAAUCUCCAGCAUUAUGUCAUAAAGGAGAAGCGGCAAAGUGAACGGGAGGCCAUUGUCAUCUUCUAUGAUGUAGUGCGUGUGGUGGAGGCUCUUCACAAGAAAAACAUUGUUCACAGAGACCUCAAGCUGGGAAACAUGGUGCUGAACAAGCGAACUCACCGAAUCACCAUCACCAACUUCUGCCUGGGAAAGCACCUCGUGAGUGAGGAUGACCUGCUGAAAGACCAGAGAGGAAGUCCAGCAUACAUCAGUCCUGACGUACUAAGUGGUCGACCGUACCGUGGAAAACCUAGUGACAUGUGGGCGCUUGGCGUCGUCCUAUUCACAAUGCUGUAUGGCCAGUUCCCAUUUUAUGACAGCAUACCUCAAGAACUCUUCCGCAAGAUCAAGGCUGCUGAGUACUCCAUCCCAGAGGAUGGCCGUGUGUCAGAGAACACAGUGUGCCUCAUCCGAAAGCUGCUGGUGUUGGACCCUCAGGAAAGGUUGGCUGCAGCAGAGGUGCUCGAGUCACUCAGUGCCAUCAUUGCCUCAUGGCAGUCAGUUUCAGCGAUGAGUGGCCCUUUGCAGGUGGUUCCAGAUAUUGAUGAUCAGGUCAAUCACCCAGAACAAGAGGCCAAGGUGAUAGAAGAGUCUUCACAGUACGAGUUUGAGAACUACAUGCGGCAGCAGCUGCUGCUAGCUGAAGAGAAGAACACUAUCCACGAAGCCAAGAGCUUUCUCACAAACCGUCAGUUUGGCAGCAUCCCACCUGUAAGGCGUCUUGGCCACGAUGCCCAGCCCGUCAGCCCACUAGAUGCUGCCAUCCUGGCACAACGUUUUCGCGGAAGUAACCACCAAUUCCAGACUCUGGUCUCUGCAGGAAGAACCUGCAGAGUCCAGAGAGGACUGGAGUAGACCCCACCCCCCCAAACUGAACUUGCAUACAGGAGGCCUGAGCUGAUGUACAGACAGCCUCAUAUGUAGGUGGGUUUUUGGCAGUCGAGGUGGAACAGAUAUGAAGUGGGCACCAGAACAAACUGCCACACUCAGAACUUCACUCCCCUUGUCUGAAUCCUCUUGUGGAACAUGGAAAGCCUGCAGGAAGACCUGAACCACAGGUUCCCCGUCUUCAGGUUGCCCAGUCAGCUCUCACUGUGCAGCAGAUGUGAGGCAAUAGACUCACAAGGCCCCAACACAAUGCUCUGCCUGGGGUGUUGAAGAAACUUUUCAACCCUGUGUUCCUCCUCCUUUGAGGUCACCCUACUGUACACACCCCCACCCCCCACCCCACCCCCAAGGAAAAAAAAAAAACCCAACCAUUCUGAUCCACUGAGCAAUACAGGACCAGAUUCAUGUAGCAACCACCUUCUCUUCCAGUGUAAUGGUAUGCCUCAAGUCAGAUCACUUGAUCACAGAUGUCACUUCUGUAUACCUCCAUCCUCCAUUCCAACCUCCUCCCUCACUCCUUCCUUUUUCUGUUUUCCUGAAUCAAAAAUGAUCUUGUUCCUGGUCUGUAACUCUGACUUUAAAUCAAUCUACCUCUUUGUCUCUCUUCUGUUGGUAAACCAUGCUCACUGUUUCUGAGACGAGGGAUUGUAACAAUUGAGUGAUGCCACCAGUGACAUAGCAUUAAUGUUUUUCUGUCAGUGAUAAUGCUUUGAAACCUUGUCAGUUGUUUCAAAAAAUGCAGAUAAGCUUUUUUUUUUUAAAAAAAAAAAAAAAAUCCAUAAUUAAGUAGCAUUUAUCCCUAUAUUUGCAUUGAAGAAAGAACUGAAGAUCAAAGUGUGUACAAGAACUCUUUGAUAUUUGCAGGAAUGCGUUGUCUCCUGCUUUUGCUCCUCCCUGUGGAAUCUAUUUUUAGCAUCUAGGCAGCUAGUGUAAGGUACCUGGAAGUUGCAAAUGCCAAGAACUGAAUGGGGAAAAACUGUUGGCUCCUCCCUGCCAAGGCAUAUUGAUAACGCUUCCACAGUGCCGCUAUAGUGACGAUCAGGUACUGUCAUGUUUCUAUUGCCAAAAUCUUGCCUUAAAGUGCCCCUAUUUGUAGGUUUCCCUGUCCUUGAGUCUUGCAUAGCUCCAACUUGUCAGACCUUUCACAUGUAUGAAAGUGGGCUAAGUUCAGCUGUAGUGGAAUUAUUCUCAACUGUGGAAAAUGGUGCUGAAACUCCUUUUAGUCCCCCCCCCUCCAAUCAUCUGCAUCAUCUGUGUAACACACUGAGACUGUGCAGGCUACUUUGGCAUGACCUCAAAGGUCAAGCAGCUGUCUCAGCUACAUCCAGAUGCAGCCUGCUGCCUCGCAGUCAUCACUUCCUUUCCAGUUUCUAAUAACUGAAAUGUCCUCAGCACAACAAAAAGCACAACAAAAGAUCUGCUGUUUGCUGCAAGUGUCAAAAUGGGUGUAUUUAUGCACUACCAUCUGAGGAAAUAAAGAACCUACUGGAGUA